UGCGUUCAUUUAUAAAUACCCGCAUUCGGGGGCCUCGAGAAGCCAACCACGCCGCGGUCCGGACCCCCGCCUCCGCUUCCGUCCGCUUAGGGUUCCGCUCCGCGCCCAGCAGGAGCCGGCAUUGCCGAUCUCAACCCCCCGCCUCCGCCCACCAUCAACUCGACCGCCGCCGAGCGGUAAUCGCUUAAUAUGGAUGUACUAAGGAAUCCCUUUAAGGGAGUCAUCGCCGAUGUCAAAGGAAGAGCAUCUUGGUACAAGCAUGAUUGGGCUGCAGGACUCCAUUCUGGCUUUAGGAUAUUGGCACCUACCAUGUAUAUCUUUUUUGCCUCUGCGCUUCCUGUCAUCGCUUUCGGAGAACAACUGAGCACGGCAACAAAUGGUACACUCACAACAGUUGAAACAGUGGCAUCUACUGCGAUAUGUGGCAUCAUUCAUUCAAUUCUUGGAGGGCAGCCAUUGCUCAUUGUUGGAGUAGCGGAACCAACUAUUAUCAUGUACACGUAUCUCUACAACUUUGCCAAUAAGCAGCAAGGUCUGGGAGAAAAGCUAUAUUUGGCGUGGGCAGGAUGGGUCUGCAUCUGGACCGCUAUCAUGUUGUUUCUUUUGGCAAUGUUCAACGCCUCCAAUGUUAUUAGCAGAUUUACAAGGGUUGCAGGAGAACUUUUUGGGAUGUUGAUCACUGUUCUGUUCUUGCAAGAAGCUAUCAAGGGGGUCAUAAGUGAAUUCAGUGUGCCUGAAGAUGCAGACAGCAGUUCACCAAUAUACCAAUUCCAGUGGCUGUAUGUCAAUGGCCUACUUGGUGUCAUAUUUUCAAUUGGCUUGUUGUUCACUGCAUUAAAAACCAGGCGGGCAAGGUCAUGGCUGUAUGGCCUAGGGUGGCUUAGAAGCUUCAUUGCUGAUUAUGGUGUCCCACUUAUGGUGAUUGUGUGGACAGCAUUGUCAUAUACACUGCCAAGCAAGGUCCCUUCAGGAGUCCCCAGGAGGCUUUUCUCUCCACUUCCCUGGGAGUCAAAUUCUCUGCAGCAUUGGACCGUAGCGAAGGAUUUGUUUUCUGUCCCUCCAGCAUAUAUAUUUGCAGCCAUUGUGCCUGCUUUGAUGGUUGCUGGACUUUAUUUCUUUGACCAUAGCGUAGCUUCACAGUUGGCUCAGCAAAAGGAGUUCAAUUUGAAGAAACCUUCUGCCUACCAUUAUGAUAUUUUGGUCCUCGGAUUCAUGGUACUGCUCUGUGGUUUGAUUGGCAUCCCUCCAUCUAAUGGAGUACUUCCUCAGUCUCCCAUGCACACAAGAAGUCUUGCUGUCCUCAAGAGGCAGUUGCUACGCAAAAAGAUGGUUAAUACCACCAAGGCUAUGGAGAACCGGGCUAGUAGAUUGGAGAUAUAUGGAAAAAUGCAAGAAGUUUUCAUCGAAAUGGAUAGCGAACAGAAUACUGAUUCUGUUGACAAGGAGUUGAAAAGCUUGAAAGAUUCUGUUCUGAAAGAAGUUGACGAACAAGGGAAAUUGGAAGAAAAAUUUGACGCUCGAAAACAUAUAGAAGCCCACUUACCUGUUCGAGUGAAUGAACAGAGGCUGAGUAACCUGCUGCAAUCCUUACUGGUUGGUGGUUGUGUUGGGGCUAUGCCAGUCAUCAGGAUGAUACCGACAUCGGUUCUCUGGGGUUACUUUGCCUACAUGGCCCUUGAUAGUCUACCAGGGAAUCAGUUCUGGGAGAGGAUACGGCUUCUGUUCAUUACAGAAGGCCGACGCAACAAGGUUCUCGAAGGUCCUCAUGCAUCUUUUAUGGAGUCGUUGCGGCUAACAACAAUAAAUGUCUUCACGAUCUUUCAGUUGGUUUACCUCCUGAUAUGCUUCGGCAUAACAUGGAUACCGAUAGCAGGGAUUCUGUUCCCAGUGCCUUUCUUCCUUAUGAUUCUCAUCAGGCAGUACGUCCUCCCAAAGUUUUUCGAUCCAAAUGACUUGCGAGAAUUGGAUGCAGCCGAGUACGAAGAACUUGAAGGGGUCCCCCACGAACACACAGUGGAGGAGGAUGCAUCUGAUGCAGGAAGCUGUCAUGGCCGUCCUGAUGCUGAAAUUUUGGAUGAACUCUCAACCAAUCGUGGAGAGCUAAAGCGCAGAGCUGCAAGCCUACGUGACGAAAGGCACCUUCAGGUUCAUUCAAAUGCUGUUCAGCCAAGCUUGUGAAGAUAGAAAAAGUGGCCCGAGAACUGAGGCUUUUCUGUAGAGCAGAUCCUAAAACAACAGUCCUUUUGUUACUUAAUGUAUGAGCAGUGUUGUGCUUGGGUUUUGACCCAAACGCAUCUGUAUGGAUGGUGUAAUACGUAAGAACAGGUAAUUAGCGUAAAACUAGGAGUGAUUGGGAGGACUAAGAAGAGAGGGCAGAUGCAAGAUUGAAUUGGAUACGAAGUGGGAGUGAAGUAGAAUGAUUAGCUCACUGGAGUGUACUGUAAAUUUUUAAUAUUGUGAGAAGCUAAGUUGAAAUAUGUCUUGAUUUACAUGUGAUGAGUGAUUGAUUA